ACGUCGAUCUGCUAACGCAAUCAGUCAGAACACGCGGUGCCGACGCCGGGUAGAGACGUCCCGUUAGUCUCGGCUGCUUCUAACAUCUCCUGCCCGGGAUCGAUCGUACUUCGUCUCGAUCCCACUCGAUAAGCGACCUCUCGACACGUCGCUGAAGAAAGAUGCCGUCGCUGAGGACCUUCCGCAUCGAGUUCGAUCGGCCUGGUGCUACUUUCGCACCCGGAGAAGUCGUCACUGGCAAUGUCAUCGUCGACCUGGCCAGGGAGAAGACCAUCAGAGCACUAAAACUGACGGUCAAAGGAGAAGCUAACGUUUCCUGGGAGAGAACGAGGUCAACGAAGAAUUCCCGAGGACAUCAGCGAAGCCGCACUGAUCAUUUUCGAGGGAACGAGCAAUAUUUCAAUCUGACUUAUUCGCUGCUGGGAGAUACAGGUGGGGAGUUGCGAAUGCCGGCGGGAUUUAACAAAUAUCCUUUUAAUUUCUUACUACCGCACAAUAUACCAUGCAGCUUCGAACAUGAGCACGGUCAUAUCAGGUAUACGACGAAAGCUGUCAUAGAUAGACCAUGGAGAUUCGAUCACGAGUGCAAGAUUGCAUUCACCGUGAUCACAUCGUACGAUUUAAACGCUCACAGUUAUCAAUGUAUCGGGGUGGAUGACGAGAUAAACCAAAGUUUCUGCUGUUUCUGCUGCUUUAAUCUGGGUUCAAUCAAAGUGUGUAUCACAUUACCGACGACGGGUUUCGUACCGGGACAAUCGAUAGAAGCAACAGUCAAUCUCGAGAAUACAAGCAGUGUCGACGUGACGCAAGUCUGUGUUAAAGUAGAACGAUCUCUAGAGUUUCACGCCAAGACGCCGUAUCACUCGACCAAGACGGAUAAGGCGAUCCUAAAGACAGAACAAAUCAGGAGACCGUUCGGCCAAUUAUCCAGCUUUGUGUCGCGAUUGCAUGUCCCGCCAAUACCGCCGUCCCAACUGGAGUACUGCAACAUAAUAAAUCAACACUACGCUGUACGCAUCACGGUUCACGUGUCAGGCAUGCAUUGCAGCAUCAGCAAGACAUAUCCGAUUCUGAUCGGGACGAUUCCACUGCGCUCGGUAAUGCCGUCUUACCAACAAAACGUACCUCAGCCUACAGCUCCUGUGAUACAAGACAACGACCCACCACCACCGAUGCCGAUGCCGAUGCCGAUGCCGAUGCCGAUGCCGAUAUCUCCGGAUUACGUACCGCCAAAUGUACCUUAUCCAGGUCCUUCGAUAAGCUUCGCUUCUUCGGAUCAACCCAGCACCUCGACUAACCAGUGGGACAUGCCACCGCCAUCGUACGAGGAAUGUAUGCAGAGAGCGGCCAGCAUCAAGGAUCAGGACGAGUCCAAUUACGUGCACGGCGUCAACGAACCGUUCGCACCGAGAUAUCCGGUGUUCAAUUUUCCAACACCGUAUCCACCUGGGAAAUGAACAAUGGCGAAGUACGAUUGAACGCACUUUUCGUACAUCUCCAUUACUUCUAUGUUCUACUUAAUAAAUCGUAACGAGGAAACAAGAACACGCCAAACGCUCUGAUUGUUGCUACCUCAUAAUGAGAAAGUUUCUGUGUUAAUAUCUAUUUAAUAUCUUAAGACAUAUUUUUAUACGUUAUAUCGUAUUCUAGUUUGUAUUCCGAUAACUAUGGUGCACCACAUAAAAUAAUAACACACUCUUAUAUGACGUUAUUCUGUCCGUACGUUAUAUCUAGCAAACUGUUUCUUUGAAAUACAAUACAAUAUAUCAACGAA